UUUUUUAAUUUUCUUUAUGGUGACAAUUAAAGGCAUGUAAAAUUGAGAACGUACUUUUCUACUGAUUCUACCUUAUUAUAGUUAUAUUAUGUUAUUAACCAAAAACUGACUAUUCUAUGCCGAAAACAUAGCACUCGUAAAAAUAUAUGUAUGCAUUACAAAAUUUGUCUGAAUUUCAAAAAUUAACAAAACUUAAUUUAUCAAAAAUGAAUGUUUUAAAUAAAUUUAAUAAAUUCUCAAAAAUUUUCCUGGCCUUGCGAAAUGUUGCAAAUCAGAAUACUACGUGUUUUCCCCAAGUAAGCUCUAUAAAUUGUUGUCACUUUUACCACAAAUUUUCGGCUGUUUACUCGAAGAAAGAAGAUGAUACUACUACUGAUGUAGAUUAUUGUGAACCUGAACAAAUUUGUGAAAAUGAAGCGCCGAAACCUUCAAAGACCGAUAAAAUAGGUAGCACCACCACAGCAGUUGAUAAAACUCUUUCUAAAGUUGGGCGUAUACAUGCUGUUAUUGGCCCCGUUGUUGAUGUAAUUUUUGACGAUGAAAAUAUACCAGACAUUAUGAAUGCCAUGGAGGUUUCAGACUAUAAAGCCGGCCCAAGAUUAGUUUUAGAGGUGUUUCAUCAUUUGAGCAAUAAUACUGUGCGUUCAGUUGCUAUGGAUAGUACCGAAGGUUUACAAAGGGGUCAAAAAGUUACCGACACUGGACAUCCUAUACGUGUCCCCGUUGGGCGAGCCACUCUUGGCCGUAUUAUUAAUGUUGUUGGUGAUCCCAUAGAUGAACGAGGUCCAAUUAAUUCUGAAUUUCAUUCGUUUAUUCAUGCUGAUGCUCCUGCAAUGACUGAAUUAAAUGUAAAUCCUGUUUUACUGGAAACAGGCAUUAAGGUGAUCGAUUUAUUGGCACCGUAUGUUAAAGGCGGUAAAAUAGGUCUAUUUGGCGGGGCUGGAGUAGGAAAAACGGUUUUGAUUAUGGAAUUAAUUAACAAUAUAGCUAAAGCACAUGGCGGAUAUUCUGUAUUUGUGGGUGCGGGAGAACGUACUCGCGAAGGCAAUGAUUUGUAUAUGGAAAUGAUUGAGUCCAAAGUUAUUUCAUUAGAGGAUGACAAAUCAAAAGUUGCUUUAGUCUAUGGUCAAAUGAAUGAACCACCUGGUGCUAGAUCACGCGUAGUUCUGACAGGUCUUACUAUUGCCGAAUAUUUUCGAGAUAUGGAAGGACAAGAUGUUUUGUUAUUUAUUGAUAAUAUUUUUCGUUUUACUCAAGCCGGCUCAGAAGUAUCGGCGUUAUUGGGUCGCAUACCAUCGGCCGUGGGAUAUCAACCCACAUUGGGAACUGAUAUGGGUAGGAAUAUCGUUUCUUACUUAGAGGUAUACAUUUUAAAAUAUUUCUAUAAAGGAACUAUGCAAGAACGAAUCACAAGUACUAAAAACGGCUCAAUCACCUCAGUGCAGGCUGUUUAUGUCCCAGCUGACGAUCUAACAGAUCCGGCUCCAGCUGCAACAUUUUCUCACUUAGAUGCAACCACAGUAUUGUCUAGACCAAUAGCAGAAUUGGGCAUAUACCCUGCAGUAGAUCCUCUAGAUUCGUCAUCUCGUAUUAUGGAUCCUAUGAUUGUAGGCGAAGAACAUUAUAAUGUUGCACGCUCCGUCCAAAAAACAUUACAAAACUACAAAUCUUUACAGGAUAUCAUAGCCAUUUUAGGCAUGGAUGAACUUUCGGAAGAAGACAAACUCACUGUCGCCCGAGCCCGUAAAAUGCAACGUUUUCUAUCACAACCUUUUCAAGUGGCUGAAGUUUUUACGGGACAUGCUGGCAAAAUGGUCCCGGUAAGUAAAACCAUUGAAGGAUUUAAACGGUUAUUAAAUGGUGAUAUGGACGACAUGCCAGAAAUAGCCUUUUAUAUGGUAGGAGAUAUUGAUGAAGCAAUUUCUAAGGCUAAAGAUUUAGCUGCAAAAUUAAAAAUUUAAGUUUUAUUAAAUUAAUUAUCAUUGGUUUUUAUAUAUCGUCACCUUAAACGCAAAAAGGAGUAACAACACUUCAAAAUUUUACAGGAAAGAUAAAAAACUAAAUAAAAUGAAAUCUGUUGUCGUUACAAAAAAUUAAAUUGUCUUACAUGUAUUAUAUUCUAACAUUAAUAAACAAGUUUGAAUAUAUGUAAGUGUGCCGCCAGACACUGUCUAUAAUGUUGCUUUUUGGGACUAUCUGGCUUGUGGAAAUGACUAAUUUGUUGUUACGCACUUUCAUGUAAAUAAAGUCGGUGGCUUUGACAAUAAAGUUCCAAACAUUUGCGGUAACAUGUAUUUUGAAAAAUAAUUUUUUUUUGCUGUUACCCCAUUUUGCAUGUCAGGUGACGAUGUGUAUGUUGUGUGUUAAUUUUAUUUAAUUUUUGCUUCAUUAUUUAAUGUCUAACUUUUAAAAGCAUUGACUUGUUUUUUUCGCAUUAUUUUAGUAUUGCAAAUAAUAAACGUUUGUUAAAUUUUUGUA